AUGACCACCUCACAGGACACACCCUCCGUACACGAUGUUUCACUCAAAAGCAGUGAUUCAGCAUCACCCACGAUGAUAUACCACCGCCCAACAUUGCAGAUACCUCUUCCAAUUCCAGACAUCAUCUACUCCGCUGCUGGGGGUGCCCACUACUCUGGAGCGCCUGUAUCUGAGAAUGACGAUCAAGUUAUUACGUCUCCUGGAAAGCCCAGCCCACCCAUGGACGACACGAUUCGGGAUCGCAUCAUGGCUGAUCUGAAGGAGCUCUAUUGUUGUCGGCCGUCAGAAGAGAUUUUUGAAAGAACUUGGAGGCCCGAUGCAGUUUUUGAGGAUCCUUUGGUUAAAUGCGAGGGCUAUGGGCAAUAUGCUCCCCAGAGUCUCAUAGGACUUCUUCAGCCAAGGAUUGUUUCAAAAUCAGAGACGAUCUCGAGUCGGGUCAUGUCGUUCACGCGCUUACCGAAACGUCUUAUCUACUCGCAAACGCAAGAGUAUACUUUCCGGUACAUAGGAACCAAGAAGCGAAUUGGGUCUAUCAUUGUCGUAGAUUUGGAUGAUGACGACAAGAUAAUACGUAUGACAGACCAGUGGGACGGGGAGGCGUUGUCGUCUUGGUUCGGUGUCAAUCUCCUCAGACGCGCAAAUGCUCUUGUCAUGCCAUGGUUCGUUGGCGUACCAAAAACUUGA